CCUUUAAAAGCGAGUGAAGCACAUUUCAAACACGAAAAUCCUUUUUUCUUUUACUCCUGCUUGCCUUUUUUCUGGAUCUGGAAUUUUAGCCGGUCAAGCAUGUCUUCAACGUCGUCAUAUUGGUGUUACAGCUGCACCCGUUUGGUUCGUGUCUUGGCUUUAGACAACGGCGCCAACAACACCGUUGCUUGCCCGUACUGCGACGGAGGUUUCAUCGAGGAGAUCGAAACAUCGGAUAAUCACAACCGUCGGUUCCCUUCUAUGUUCAUGAUCACCAGCAACGAUAAUAACCGUCAAAAUUCGAAUCGGACACGAAAUCUCGUCUUUCGUCGAAAUCGUCGGAGUUCCGUUGACCGGUCAAACAUCAAUCCAAUCAUCGUACUCCGUGGCACCACCGACGGCGAUAACAACAACAGCGGCUUUGAAUUUCUCUAUGAUGACGGAUCUGGGUUGGGUUUAAGGCCCAUACCGACUUCGAUGUCCGAGUCUCUAAUGGGUUUGGGUUUUGAUCGGUUAUUAGAACAACUUUCCCAGAUCGAAAUAACCGGACUAGGGCAACCGGAGAACCCGCCCGCUUCGAAAUCAGCGAUCGAAUCAAUGCCGACGAUUCAAAUAGCGACGAGCCAUGUUUGUUCAGAAACUUACUGUGCCGUUUGUAAGGAGCCUUUCGAGCUUGGGACGGAAGCUAGGGAGAUGCCAUGUAAGCAUAUUUACCAUCAAGACUGUAUCAUCCCAUGGCUUUCACUUCGAAACUCGUGUCCCAUUUGCCGAUAUGAAAUGCCGUCGGAUCGAAACGAGUCAAACGAAAACGUUUCGGACGCGGUGGGGUUGAGUAUAUGGAGAUUACCCGGUGGGGUGUUUGCGGUGGGAAGGUUUCGAGGAGAAAGGGAAGUGCCCUUGGUUUAUACGGAGAUGGAUGGUGGGUUCGGGGAAUCGGGCUCGGGUUCUGGUCAUGGAGCUCCGAGGAGAGUUUCGUGGGUUGGGGUUAGGAGGGAGAAUGGGUUCAGGAGAGUUAUUAGAAGUGUGACGUCGUUUUUGAGGGGUUUGAGGUCUCAUUCUCAUCGUGGAAUUGCAGAAUCUGGCAGUCUGACCAGAAGUGAUUCAACGUCUAUGUUUGGUAGGUUUACAAGAAGUAGAAGCAGAAGCUCAAGCUCGGUCUUGGAAUGAGAUUUUUUUUUUUUUACUUUUUUUGGGUUUUGAAUUUAUGGAAAAUAUGUGUUCUUUGAUUAUCGUAAAUAGCAUUUUAUUAGCAAGAAUUCGAAAUUUUGAUAUAGUAGUAUUCAAGUUGCAAUUUCAUCUUGAUUUCUCUGUUAUUCCGAUGCAAGAACAAGGGAUGGAACUGACAGAAUCUAUACAAUUUUGGGCUUUUGUUUGAUCAAAAACAGAAACCUUUUGGUUUCA